AUGCCUCGAUCGUUUAUUAUUCAUGCAACAUUUUGUAUACUUUGCAUCAAUAUAUUAUUUCAGAAAACCGACGCUGUUAAAAAACCAACUUAUUCUAGUGGUAUUGCUGAUCUCGUACGAACAGCAUUUAAACGUGGUUUAAAUCGUUUUAUAAAUCGUCAAACAUCUUAUGAUUCCGAUGUAUUUCAUUAUACUCAAGCAGUACAACGUGGUUAUGAUGGGCUUUUUUCAGGUGAAGCAUGUCGGUUAUCACCAAUGAUUUGUUCACAUGAUGAACAAUGUUGUACACGUCGUUGUUUAUGUUGUCGAUGGUUAAUCAUGGGUGAAGAACGAUGUAUAAGAAAAUGCUUAUAA